UCCGCACCAGAUCACGUGUGGUAACGCCGUGCUCAACAUCAACCGCAAUCGCUAGCCAGAUUAGAUCAGAGAAUUCCGAUAUAUUGGUCAUCGUCAAAUAUACUCUUCCGAUCUCCUCGACUCUGUCUUUUGAUUUCUCUGGGCGGGAACGAAAUAUAUUAGGUGUUACUGUUAGAAGCGUUGUCAAACACUGAAUACCUGUGACAUCAUCAACACCAGAUCCAAUUUCAGCAUAGUUGUGUUAGAAUUCUGGUCGUGCUAAGUACUUAUGCAAUACAACUUUUAAAGUUUAUAGUUGUUAUAAAAUAGAUUUGUAGAGCGCUCGGUGUGAACUAUGACCUUAAGAAUGUGUUCGUGCUGCACACGAAUUGGCUUAGGCAUCGUUCUCCGUCAAAGCCUCAUCAGCCGAGAAUCUUCACUUAGAACGUCAUUCUAAACAGCGUCUUACCUUAGUUUUAGUUCAUAUCAGCUUCUCAUAUUUUUAUACGGUCAGUGAGAGGCAAGUCUUUUCUGUCAAAACCUAUGACCCCUCUAUUUUAUAUCCUUUAUGUAGUAUCAAGUCCCUUACAUUGAGAGAGUGAGGUACUAAUUUUAGAAGCCAGGUUUGACUCUGUCCUCAAGUACAUUUAAGUACUUAGUCACCAUACCUUUAGCAAGAUGACUAGAGAUUUCCUGAUCUGGUCUGGUAGAUACUUUAUCAACUCGAUUUCAUGCUCAAAGAGAGUUCUGAGCCCUCAUUUAGCUUGAAUCGAUAAAAAAUGACCUGUCAAAUUUAAAUAGCAUCCAGUUUAUGAGCUGCUGUUUGUAGGACUAGCUAUUCUUUGGCAACAUUGUGUCAUUUCAGGCUAUUGAUUUAUUCCUUUUCAUCAGCUCUCAUUGGAGUAGUGAUCACAGUCGCGCUACAUGUCGUAAGAUCCUGGAGGAUUGUCGAGGACCUGGGUGAUUAGAUUGUUGUUUUUCCAGCUGUAAACAGACCUAGGGCGAGAGACAGAAGAAACCCUCUCUUGAGCUUAUAUUUCUAAGACUUUGAUGUCGAUCCGUCCUCCUCUGGUCCAUGUAGGUCACCCGUCUCGGAGCUUAUUUGAGGUAACUUCACGUAAAUUUGUGUAAUGACUAAACUGGUACCAUUUAAUGUGUCUCGAUUACACUUGCUUUACUAAGCUGUUUGAAAGUCGCGGGCGUUAGAUUCGUGAAAACGUCGUAGUACCAUCUAUUGCACUAAUCGCACCUUGACUUCUCAACAGCUUUCGAUAAGGCCAACCAUAUAUAUUUUGUCAAUAAGCUGAAACGAUUAGAUAUCAAACCACGUUUGUUUGAUUGGCUCACUUCAUAUCUAGAAAUCGACAUUUUAAUGUCAGGGUUAACUUCACUUUCAGGCUAUGCUGUGUCGUACUGGGGUCCCCCAAGGUUCAGUACUAGGACCUCUUCUUUCCUUGAUUUAUGUAAACGAUCUUCCACAGUAGGUAUCGUUAGAUUGAUUACUUUUCACUGAUAGCGUAAAACUCUGAAGAGCACACAAUAAACUGUCGUAUCAAAAGGAUCUGACUCGACUUCAAAGUUGGGCAGACAACAGCAGACUUACCUUUAACAUUUCAAAGCACAAAGUAAUACAUCUGAGACGUUUUACAGACUGCGAAUACAACUUAGGUUACUCCCCUCUAGAGGUAUUUCAAGUUGGAAAAAAACCCUUGAGUGUUGGUAUCCCAUGAUCUGCGACGUAAAUGCCUUCCGAGCAAACCUUACGCUGGUAUCACUAAAGCGCAUUUUUAGGCAGUUCGAGGGAAGAAAUUUUCAAUUAACCUUAAACAGUUUUAUUCGAUCUCAUGGCAUGGGAGUGUAAUAUUUUCUCCCUCAGUCAAAAAGUAUAAGAACACACGAACGUAUCCAACGGCGAUCCACGAAAUCAGGUCGGGGACUCAAAUUCAAGCCUUAUGAAGAGCACCUCCAGUCACCGAUCCUUUACCCACCCGAGUUCAGGCGUAUAACUGGUGACGUUCUAAUGACCUACAGCAUCCUAAGUACUUUUGGACAUCCCUUUAAAUACCUAAAGUUUAGUUCCAACACAAACUUAGGGGGUAACACUCAGGAACUGGAGACAACAAAACAGAGUGGACUGUAGAUACACCUACUCCCUAAGAGUAAUCAAAUGCUGGAUUUCGCUGACGGCUCAGCUAGUCCAAGCGACUUCCCAGGAGUCCUUCAAGAGGAAACCUGAUAUGUUCUUAAAGACUAAGGUUAGUAUCUUACUAUGAUUCACCAAUUUCUUUUUCCUCAUGGUAAUAUACCUAGGUUCCUGUCUGGAGGUAUCGGUGAUCCACUGCUACUAGAUACGGAAGCCCGUUAAGCGAAAGCUUCUAUCCCAUUCCAAACCAUUCGAAACACCUGAUACCACUGUCCCCAGGGUACCAAUAAACUGGGCGUUGGCAACUACUUUUUUGCACUGUCCGGUCAUUAAUCAUAGGUUUUCACAAGAAACUAAACAUACAAAAUACCCAGAGACAAAAAUAUGAUGAUCACAAAAGAAGUAUAAGAUCCAAAAGUGUAAACCAAUUCAUGAAAACCAAUGUACUCGAAAAGUACAUUUUCGAGUUAUUUUCGAGAAAAUCGAAACUUUUAGCGAUUACGUUGACUGGAAUAUACGUAGCGAGGAUGAAAACAGUAGUCUUGAUGCGGAAUAAACGAUUACAACAAUAAAAUUAACUGAGCGAGGCAAAAUACCACUGUCCUUUUAAUAUGGCGCGCAUUAAUGAUCUUUAUACUAGUUUUAGAGGAACUUUAUUAUAUAUAUUUUGAAAUAGAGGUUGAAUGCCACUUGAACUUCUGUUGAUCUUCCGAAAAGUUCUGACUCGACGUUUGUGCAAUGUAUCAACGUCUUUUUGUAGAAUACCUUGAUUCUGAUGGUGAUGUUGAAUAGUGUGAUUUCUUCGGUUUUUAUUUUAGAAUCCAAUCUCUAUAAUGUCUAAGGGAAUAACAUUGUGUGGCCAACAAAUUGCCCAAGUUAUUGGUCAAAAAAUUAGAUCGGAUGUGGCUUAUUUAAAAUCAAACUUCAACAUUUCUCCCAAAUUGGUCGUUAUUGAAGUUGGUAAUCUACCUCAGUCAAAGUUGUACAUAACGCAAAAAUCCAAAUUUGCAGAAAAGUAUGGCAUACUUUUGUCUCACAUGCGAUUUCCAUCACAUAUACCUGAGUCAGUGCUUUUAGAUUACGUUUAUAAGUUGAAUUCUGAUUCAUCAGUGCACGGUAUCACUUUACAAUUACCGUUUGAUUCCGAUUCAAAUAUUAAUGUUACUAAUUCACUGAAUGCUGUUGCUACUCUCAAGGAUGUUGAAGGUCUAAAUGCUUAUAAUACAGCUGUAUUAAGUCGUGGGGAUAUACUAUGUCCUCACUGUGAAAACGUAAAACAACAGCAUGUUCAUAUACCUUGUACAGCAGCCGCAUGUUAUGCUUUUGUUCGUCAUGUAAAUUUUCCUAUAAUUGGUUCACGCUGUGUAAUCAUUGGUGGUGGUCGUCUUGUUGGAGCACCCACAGCGGACUUGUUGUCACGGUCGUGCGGUGCAACAGUUAUACAAUGUCAUAUACAGUCAAAUAAUAUUAACGAAGAAAUUAAGCGAGGUGAUGUUGUCAUCUCAGCAGUUGGACAUCCAAGAUUAAUAAAGGGUGAAUGGAUUAGACCAGGAGCAUUGGUAAUUGAUUGCGGCUAUUCUGUUCUGAAUGAUCCUCAAAAUCCAAACAAAUCACGAUGUGUCGGUGAUGUAGAAUUUGAAACAGCUAUAGAAAACGCAAAAUGGAUUACACCAGUUCCAGGUGGUGUUGGUCCAGUUUCAAUCGCUAUGUUAUUUCGUAAUACUGUGAAUAGUGCUAAAUGGUCUGUAGGGUUAAAUAAUUCCAUAUGUUCUUGUCCAAAUUAUUGUGAAAACGAUAUCCUAUCUAAAGAGCUUGUCGAUAGAAAAGUGUCUACAUAAAAAAAGAUGAUAGCUGUCUUAGUUAAUUUAAUCAAUGGAUAUUGUUUUUUAGUUAAAUAUAUUCUGUACUUAUUCAAUUAUCUUGAACAGAAUAUACACCAUACAUUUAUUGUAAAUUGUUUCUACUAACUUAUAUUCAUUAGCCUUUUGCUAAUCGUAAUAUAGGCGAAAGAGAUAUUAAACUUUAUGUUACUUAUUUGUAUACUCAAUUAUUAUUACUUUUAAGUGAGUAUUUUAACUUCGUGCAAUUAGCAUCUUGUGAUGUAUAAUGUAAAAUAACCCAACUACAUAAUAAAACAUACAGUUCUUGUUGUUCAUAUGAAAUAAAAACAUCAUAUUUUAUGUAUAUCGGUUCAGUUUUCAUUAUGAAUUAUUUCUGUUAAUAUGUAUCAUAUUUUCAGGUGUUGGCUGUGUGACUCUGACGUUCGAAUUUGUGCAAAACUUAGUAGCCACAAGGAAAUUAAAGAAUAAUUACAAUUGGCCGAUCAAUCAAUAGUGAUCAAUAUCUUGUUUGUAUAAGCGUUUAGUGUUGAUCGAAUUCUGUUGACCAGGUUACCGUAUGAACAUUAGUGUGACUUGACUAUGGUGAGAUGUUAUGUGGUCGGAUGUCGUGACCGAAAUAGGUCAGUGGUAACAUCUCAGAAUGCAAAUCUAGGGGAUGCAGGUUAAAAUCCCACAGGUAGCAGCAGUUCCCUAAAGAUUGCAGGUACUUCGUAAUAACGAGUGUCAAAUGGCACGAAACCUGGUUCCAGAGUUUCCUGUUGACUACCUUCAACCACAUAGCAUCUCAGAAUAAUAUCAGGAAUAAUGACUCUUGAAAAGUAACCAUUCAUUCAUUAGCGAACGAAUAUGAUGUUUUUUAUUCAUUGUGAGGGUCUUUAUUACUCUUAAAUAUUAAAGACUAAACCCAACUGGGCAAUUUCAAGGGUUUUUGUGAAUGUGCAGUUUUAAAUCCAGACCUGAAUUUAUAAACAUUUGUAACCAAUGAAAAAUUUCGUAUCCCUCGGUUAAGUUGGUGGCCAUCAUGACAUUGACGUUGAAACAGAUAAGUACUGGGUAUAGAACAGUAUCGAAAACAUAGUAACAAAUGAAAAGUGGGAAUAAGACAAUACAUAUUUCUUGAUACUGGCUGAAAGCAAUCAGGUAGAUCAAAUGAUACAGUAAAAUAAUUUACUGUCAGAUCUGAAUAUAUAUAUUUCACUUUUGUAAAAUAAAAUCGGGUUUAAAAUUGAACUUCAUCGGUGAUUCACGUAUCUGAAAUCGACUUAACAAAGUCCGUUAACUUGGUGCGAUUGGACCUUGAAGAUUGUUUUGAAUGAAUAGUCAAAUUAAGAAGUUGACAUUUUUAUGGCUAAUCAAGCUAUGGUGUUUCAGAACCUGUUUGCUCGAGUUGGCUAUUAACUCAGUUGACUAGAAUGGCUCAACACAAGAAUGUAGACUGAUAUACGGACAUAAAUGUCUGAGAUUAGUAUCUUACUAUUUAUGCACACAAAUUAAUUUAAGGACGUAAUCUUCAUACAGUAUGUUCCUGGAUAUUUCACUAGAUGUUUUGUUAAAUAUUUUAUUGGUAUUAUCACCAAUAAAUCUCACUGUCACUUAUAAAGCAUGUUCAUGAUUCGUGGUGGUUCAUUCCCUAAUUUAAAACAUCUACCGAUGGAGAAUAACUGGUCGUGUAAUUUAGUUAAACUACGAAAUAAAGUAAAGGUUCCCAUUCUAUUUUGUCACAUGCUAUUAAGCUGUCGUAAGUUACAUAAAUGUUGCACUCCUAGUACGAAAACCGUUGUUGCACUUUUAGAGAAAAUCUUACUAUCUAAUUGCGUUUAGAAUUUUCACCAUUCUUCUUGUGUGAUGUAUGGUAUGAAUCCUAGUAGUUCAACAAUGUAUAGGUCUAUUUCCCAGUCACUACAUCCAUUCUAUUUAAUGGAUGGGCCGUGAGCAAUAGAAGAAUUAAGACUCGUCAAUUUCUGUGACUGUUGAGUCACAAUAUUAGUUUGGUAAAAUAAUCGAAAAGUGUGUCACACUAUAUCGUCAAGCACGUAUUAAAUGCUACUAACAAAAAUUUAUCCUUUAAAUAAAGCAGAGAUCACAGGAAAUAAUCAAACUUGAUGUGCAUCACAAAGCAAUGAAAAGUAGUCGUCAACGCGUGAACUUUUCAUUUUAACUAAUAAUCCUCGGUUUAACACCUACACCGGUAAUUCCUCAAUCUACAUUUUUCGGAUUGUUUUAAGACAUUAUUUGAAAAAUAAUAAUUUAGGUCAUUCAAGUUUACACUAAACAUAUUUAUAUAGGUCACGUGGCAUAUUUACAGAAUUGUUUUUUUCCCAUCUAACGUUUGGAAGCAUUUUUCGAAAAUUGAUGUCCCUUUUACUCAGUAACGGUAUGUUUAGCCAAUACUUUAGUCGAACCUUAAUUCAAAUGACAAUUUUUGUGUAACUGUUGUACAUACAUUUUAAGUGGCUCAAGUAAUAGUUUGCACUUGUUGAAAGGAUACAGUCAACGUGACGGAAGUACUUACUUACUUACUUACGCCUGUUACUCCUCGUGAAGGAGCAUAGGCCGCUCACCAGCAUUCUCCAUCCAACCCUGUCCUGAGCAAUCCUUUCCAGCUCCUUCCAGUUGUAAUUCAUCCUUUUCAUAUCUGCUUCUAUUAUCCGACGUAAUGUGUUCUUUGGCCUUCCUCUUUUCCGCUUCCCUUCAGGAUUCCAAGUUAGAGC